AUGGCCGAAUCACCAAGCGCCAGCGCAUCACAAGAUACAGAACAAACACAUGGUCGGUCUGAAUAUGAGCCCCAAUCUCUGAUAAAUGACUCUUCUACCGCUCAAAACGACGAAGUGGUCGAUGAGAACACCAAUAAGCGUCAGAUGGAGAGUGAAGAACCAGAAGCCAAACGUUCACACCAAGAAGAAACCCCAGAUUAUAUUCAAAGUCUCUCUCGAAAAGAGGAUCUGUCUACGCCAGGACCAGCGUCUUCCUCGGUAUACAAGGACCCGAAGAAGGAGAUUCCAGCAUGGAUGAAGAGUAAAGCACAGCGGUCUGAAGCGAACAAGUAUGAUAAGUACGGUGGAAGAUCUGCAGCUGCAAGAGAGCAAACAGCAGCAGCUUCAAAGUACGAUAAGUAUGCAAAGUAUGGUGCCAAAGACGAUAGGUACCUGAAGUAUGGUGCUAAACCAGAGAAUACGGAUUCCAGGGUCGUUCGCCGUGAAGAGCCUGAGCCUGAAAGGGAUCCACGUAGAGGGCCCAGUGCUAGAGAGCCAAUUGAGCCUCAAGGUGAUGGGGAGCCUCCUGUGGCAGCAUACACCAGUGUUCCAUCGCUCGGUGGAGCUGGACAGAAGAGCGAAUAUAGACCGUUCCAGAGCAGUAUCGCUCAUAAGGAGAACAAGGACAUCAACAGCAUUGUGAGACAACAUUAUAAUCAAAGAACGUUCCAGCUGCGAAUGCAAGGCUCCAGAACUAGGUCGCCUAUUUAUAAGAUGAGAAACUUCAACAAUGCCAUCAAGUACAUGUUGCUUGGUAACCAUGUCAAGCGCCUGCUGCCUGGAGCCCAGCUUGUGCUUCUAGAUUUCUGUUGCGGUAAAGGAGGCGACUUGAACAAGUGUGAAUUCGUCCACGUGGAUCAGUAUAUUGGCGUGGACAUUUCAGAUGCAUCGGUGAAGGAAGCGUAUUCGAGAUACUCUCAAAACAAGGCAAGGUUUAUUCCUCAGAACCCACAAGCCAAGAGGUCCAGAGACUCUAAGAGAUAUAACUUUGAGGCUUGUUUCGCUACUGGAGAUUUGUUCACCUACAGUCUACCCGAGAUUCUUGAACCUAACUUCCCAGGUAUCAUGGACGGGUUGUUUCCCGUUGAUUGUGUGAGUGUUCAAUUUUCUUUUCAUUAUGCAUGGGAGACGGAGUCCAAAGUGCGUACCGUCCUUACAAACAUCACUCGGUCGUUACGGCCGGGAGGUACUUUCAUCGGUACAAUUCCAUCAUCUGACUUUAUUAGGGAGAAGAUUGUGAACAAGGAAUUUUACGAGAAGAACACAUUCGGUAACGAUUUAUACCAUGUACGCUUCGAGAAUGAUCCCCCAGAGGAUGGUGUGUUCCGAGAACCAUUCGGUAACCGGUAUGACUAUUUCUUGAAAGACGCAGUGGACGAUGUUCCUGAAUAUGUGGUGCCAUUUGAGUACUUCAGAUCGUUAUGUGAAGACUUUGGGUUGAUCUUGCGAUACAAAAAGAACUUCACGGAUAUUUUCAACCAAGAAAUCCCAAAGUACUUCAACAAACUCAACAAGAACUUAGUCGACGGCAUGAAACGAGCCGAUGGUAAGUAUGGUGUGGAAGGCGCCGAGAAGGAAGCCGUGGCAUUUUAUGUUGGUUUCGUUUUUGAAAAGCUUGGAAACUAG